AAAGAGCAAUAAGGAAGACGUUUGUUACUCAUUGACUCAGGCAGACUUUAUACCCCUCAGCGUAACAUCAAGAAAGCCACACACUUCAGUACAUUCACCAAAGGCUUUUGUUUGGAAACAACAGGCCCAACGAUGAGCGACGUUUUAGAGGAUGAAAGUGACCUCUCCUUCACUGUGAAGUUUCUGGGCCGGGUGGAGGUGGUCCGCCCUUCGGGGCUACAGAUCCUGGAGGACGCUGCGCAGAGUCUAAAGACGGCAGAUAAAUUCAACUCAGAAAAGGCAGCGAGGAACAGCAAAGUCCACAUCUUCCUGACAUUGAGUGGGAUUGACAUCUUGGAAAACAAAACCAAGUAUCUCCUGUACUCGUGCCCUCUCUCCACGGUCUCCUUCUGCGCCGUCCUGCGCUCCUCGCCCAAAGUCUUCGGCUUCGUGGCGCAGCAUCCUGCAUCAGACAAGUACCACUGCUACCUGUUCCAGAGCCAGAAGUUUGCUCCUGUGCUGGUCUCAGCUAUCGGCGAUGCCUUUCAAGUGUCCAGAAAGGAGCACAACGUCAGAGGGGAGCGGGACCUGGUCGUGGAGGCGCUCAGACACAAGAAUAAAGUGCUGCAGAGAGAAAACGAAGAGCUGAAAAGGAAGCUUGCAGGACAAAAUAUCUAUGAGAGCAUGCCUAAGUAGUAUUUAGACACGCAUGUGCGCUGUGGAUACAAAUAAGUAACGUCCUUGGGACAAAAGAUUUUAACAGACUCAAGCAGGAGUGGGUGAUUGAGGCGGCGCAAGCAAAAUACAUGUAUAUAUAUAUAUAUACAGAGUGGUAUACAGAGAC